AUGUUUUCAACAUCGAUAGAAAUAUCAAUUGGAAACUAUCUUACUCGUGUCUCAGCAGUGUACAAACCACCAGGUCAAUCUCUAAUCCCUAUUGAUUUAGACACAUUGACGCAAGGAUGCGAAUGGUUCAUCGUCGCUGAUGAUUUAAAUGCGAAGCAUCAUUUAUGGCACAGUCGUUGUACAAACAACUCAGCCUGGAAAAACGCUACAAUGCUUACAAUACCAAAACCGGGAAAAAACUACAGCUUACCAACAAAUUACAGACCCAUUUCUUUACUUUCUCCUCUGUAUAAAAUAUUAGAAAAAACCAUCAUCCAUAAACUUAAGGAUUCAAUUGGACCAAAAAUUCGGAAGGAACAAUUCGCGUUCAGAAACGAACACUCGACCACGCUCCAGUUGAUAAAUUUUUCGGACAAGCUCACUAUCAACCUAAACAAUGGAGAAAAAACUGCGGCGGUCUUUUUAGAUGUAGAAGAGGCCUUUGACCACGUGUGGCACAAAGGACUCCUCCAUAAAAUCCACCAAAUGGGUACUCAUACAAACUUAACGAAAAUAAUUGAUUCCUUCCUAGAUAAGAGAACUUUCAGAGUUCGCCAAGAAAACUCCCUUUCCAGCAUUCGACCAAUUACUGCUGGAGUUCCACAAGGAUCUGCAAAAUACCUCGGCAUGAUCUACGACAAAAACGUGACUUUUAGCCUUCACAUUAAGUCCGCCAUCCGAAAAGCUACUAAAGUCCGUGGUAUACUAUACCCAGUUCUAGCGUACGCAGGUUCAGCUUGGGGCCCAACUUUGUCAAAGUCUAACUGGGCAAAAGUUGAGGCCGUUCAAAAUAUUGCUCUCAGAACAAUUCUUGCUGCACCUUACUAUGUUUCAAAUACAACCUUACUCAACACAUCGGGCCUUCCCACAAUUCUUUGUCGCAGAUGGUUAGCUGUAACAUAUUUCGAGCCAUUGGGCGCACGAAGAGCUUUUCCCUGCUUGGACGAGCCUGUGUAUAAAGCAAUCUUCAAGAUAAGGUUGAUUCAUAAAAAAGGAUUGACUUCGAUAAGUAAUAUGAAAUUCAUGAAUCAAAUAAACUGCCCUUCGAAUUCAGAUUAUGUUGUUGACGAAUUCGAAGAAUCUCCACCGAUGUCUACUUAUUUAGUAGCAUACAUGGUGUCAGAUUUCGUAUACACUGAAGCAAAUAGUGAAAAUGACCAAGUGAAGUACCGUAUUAUAUGCAAUAAGGACUUAGCCAAUCAAACAGAAUUUGCCAUUAACUUGGGACCGAAGGCCCUGAAAUACCACGAGGAAUAUUUCGAUGAAAAAUUCCCGCUGCACAAACAAGACAUGGCAGCCAAACCCGAUUUAUCUUCAGGUUCUAUGGAGAAUUGGGGUCUUGCCACAUUUCAUGAGAGCUGUUUGUUAGUCGAUCUAGACGUGACCCCAAUUAAAGACGUAUAUGAAAUAGCCCAAUUGAUCACUCACGAACUAGUUCAUCCUUGGUUUGGUGAUCUCGUUACCAUGAAAUGGUGGACCGGCCUUUGGUUGAAUGAAGGAUUUGCCGAGUAUGCAAGCCUUCGCGGAAUGGAUUUCCUGUUCCCCGAAUCAAAGUAUUUCCAAGUCAAAAACGUUAAAAACUUUUUACUUGUUUUGGACCAAGAUUCGCUUCAAUCAGCACAUCCGUUGGCGAUAGCUAUAGGAAAGCCCGAUGAAAUAGCACUAAUUUCGAGGGACCCAAUAACGUUCGCAAAGGCACCAAUUUUGUUGCAUAUGAUGAACACGUUCCUAGGCGAGAACACAUUCAAACAAGGCGUUAGAAACUACAUACACAAAUACAAAUUUUCCAACGCCGAACAGGAUGACUUGUGGUGCUCAUUGACGGAGGAAGCACACCGACAAGGAACUUUGGACAAAAAUCUAACCGUAAAACAAAUAAUGGACACAUGGACAUUGCAAACCGGUUAUCCUGUAUUGAAUGUCAUCCGAGAUUAUUCUGCGGGCACGGUUACAUUGUCUCAGGAAAGGUAUUUAUCAAUCAAAUCAAACGGUACGGACAAUAAAACCUGUUGGUGGAUACCAAUCACUAUGACAACUUCAGGGGACUUUAACCAGACAAAUCCGACAUUUUGGUUGAAUUGCGAAAACAACAACCUCACCACACCAUUGGCCAAAGACAACGAGUGGGUCAUCUAUAACAUGCAGAUGACCGUUUUAUUCAGAGUGUUUUACGAUAAACGAAACUGGAUGGGUAUCAUUUGUACGCUGAACGAUCCAACUAAAUACGAAACUAUACCCACGUUAAACCGAGUACAGCUGAUCAUGGAUUCGCUUAGCUUUUCACAAGUCGGUGACAUGGACUACGAAAUCACGUUCCAACUUUUGAAAUAUCUAAAAAACGAAAAACAGUAUACACCGUGGUUUGCUGCACUCAGUGUUUGGAGAAUGUUUGAUGAUUUACUGAAAAGGACUCCGAAACUUGCGGUAUUGCAAAAAAAUAUGCGGGAUAUGUUGUCGUGUAUGUAUAGCAAAUACAGAAACAUGGACGAGAAAGUUAAUGGUUAUGAAAACAUACAACUUCAAAGUCUCGUGAUUUCCAGAGCUUGCGAAUACAAAACAAAGGACUGUAUCCAACGAGUUCUGGACUUGUUUAGAAAGUGGAUGAAAAGUAGUGACCCAGACAAUAAUAAUAUAUUGCCUAAAGAAUUGAAAGACACUAUUUGCAUUCAAGCUGUACAAUAUGGAGGUGAAGAAGAAUGGAAUUUUUUAUUUGAACGUUAUCAACGUUCCAAUUUGCCGACUGAAAAAUCUUAUAUGCUCUAUGCAUUAGGAUGUACUUCAAUAGAAUCGUUACUACUGAGAUUUUUGAAUUGGUCACUUGAUGAAUCUAUUAUUCCCAGAGAAGACGCCCCCACAGUAUUCUACUCUGAAACGUUCAAUGAAGUUGGAUUUUUAGUAGCAAAAGAAUUUUUGUAUUGCAAAAUUGCAGAUAUAUAUGAAUACUAUCAACGUCAAGGCGAUAGUUUAGGUGAAUAUGUAAAUGAUAUUGCGUCUCAAAUGAAAACUAAAGAAGAAUUAGAAGAGCUCCAAUCAUUUAUUACUAAAUCAUCAAGUUACUUUAAAGAACCUGAUUCGGUUAUCAAUCAGAUAACUGAGACUAUUAAUAAAAACAUUGAAUGGACAUCGAAGUUUUAUAAUAAAAUAGUACCAUAUUAAUGAUGUUAUGAGUGGGCGCCUGAAGACAGUUUGAUUUGUGUUAAUAACUGUACAGUUUUCGGCCACUUUGACAUAAUACAUAUCACGUAACAUACUAGAAAUAUUAAGUUAUUCCCAUUUUUAACUACAUACUUUUUUAAUAAUCUGGCGUGGUUAAUAUUUUACCUUGACUUGUGUCACAAGAUGCAAAUUUCAGAUCAGAAUAGUUAAUUGGAUAUCUUAAUUAAACUUGUCAUUAAAUAUAUUCAUUUAUUUUUCACAAGUUAACAUAACUCUAUGUACAUAUAACUAUGAAGUAUGAUUACAUUCUUUUAUUAUAAUAAAUAAUAACAUAA